GGCACGUUGGUCCAGAGCAUCUCCUUCCAGUUCACACCGCCCUGCCAUCUCUCUCUCUCUCUCUCUCACUCACUCACUCACGCAGUUUGCAAAUUCUCUCGUAGAGAUUGAUAGAUAGAUAGCGGUGAUACUUAGUGGAGAUAUUCCGCCUAAUCAGACUACGUAAAAUACAUAAAGAAUCCGAACGAGAAGGUCCAGAAAGAAGGCACAAACACAAUCUUCUCUGUGCGUGGGGCAUGAUAAUGUGAUGAUGAUAUCUCCUUGGUGUGGAUCACUGGGCUACAUGAUUGCUAAUCAUACGUCUUUUGCAGGCUAAAAAUGGAAACUAAGUACGAGUAGUCGGAGCAGCGAGCAGCCUUCUCUCCCAUUUGCAAUUAAACUUACCUUCUCUCUCACUUAUAGGCAGAGUGUUUCCUCUGAAAUGAACUAGCUUUAAACCCUAACCCUAAUUUAUUCUGUACCACCAAUGGCUGACACAGCCUCAAGCUCUUCAGUUCCAUCAAAGAACAAAACGCCUGUGAUUGUUAGGGUUAAACGCAAAGCUCAUCAGUCUGCCCUUGAAGCCUUCUGGCUUGAAAUCAAUGAGAGGCCUUUGAAGCGGCCCCUUCUAGACUUUCAGAAGCUUUCGAUUUCUGAUUCUCCUGCGAAAGUAGAGGAAUUGAAGGCUAGAAAACUCUUUGUGCAACAUGUCGAGACAGUAAGCAGCUCAGAGGUCUCCAGUGAUGUUUUGCUAUCAUUUAUGCCUAAAUCUGCUGAUGAAUUUGAAAGUAAGGGCAAAAUUAUGGAACAAAGGCGCAUGUUUAAGACUGAAAGUAAACAAGACCAAUUGCUGGUUAAAGCCAAACAAAAGCAAGAGGUCCUUUCAAAAAAUGCUCGUUUUGAGCAAAUAUGGAGGAGCAGAACAAGUAAAACAGAAACAUUGCAAGACAGUGCACUUGAUGACAUGUGUCGCAUUUAUGAUGUUGUUCGUAUUGAUGCCGAGGAAACAACCAAUGAAGCGCAAGAACAAGAGUAUAGUGAUUUGGAGGACCACAGAAUUAUGUCUAGCUAUCUUCCUUUGUUAAGAGAAUUCAUCCCAAGUGCUGCUGCUGAAUUUGAGUCGAACAUUCAUGAUUACAUGCCCCAUCGAGCAUCCGAUGAUUGCUAUGUCUAUGAUUUAUAUACCAUGAAGGAUGGCGCCAAAGUAACAGAAGAUGAUGCUUCAAACUCAUUUUUUCCUUUGGUGCAAGUGGAUGAAGAUGAUGAGUUCUAUGAGGGACCAGCUGAAUCUGAGGACAAAACUGAUGAUUCUAAUGCUGAGGAGAAUCCUCUGAACGAUUAUCCUGAUGAAGAGGAGAUAUCAGAGGAUAGCAAAAGUAGUAGAAACUCUUGUGAUGAAUUAGAAGAGACUGAUGAUAGUGCAAGUGAGAGCAAAUCAUCCUUAGAUCAUGAAGAUUUAGACAACUGGUCUGAUGAUGCAGCAGCCUUCUCCAUGUAGGAAGAUGACAUUAAUGAUCAUGAUGAUGAUUUUGAAGAUGGUGAUGUUAUUAAUGCGUAAUGAGAGAGAACAUUAUGUGCUAAUAAGUUAGUUUCUCAAUUAGGGUGUACAGAACUUUGAUUUGUGUUCAAAUAGGUUUAAUAUAUUAGUUUAUGCUCCGAUCAUGAGAUUAACAAAUUCA